CCCACAUCCAAAACCCCCCAAUUUCUAAUGUUUCAAAUGGAUUCGGUUGCCUUUGCAAUUAGAGACAACCUCCCAAAAGUCCCCAAAAACUAAUACCUAAACACGACAGGAUGGCCUUGUUGAGUACGCCAACCCCUCUCCCUAUACUCCUUGGCCUCCUGUCCAUCCUCCUCUUCCACCCCAUCACCACCACCUCCGGCAUUCGCCUAGGCAUCCUUCGCCGUCCCUCCCCUCACCUCCCUGUCUUCCGUGAAGCACCCGCCUUCCGAAACGGGGAGCAAUGUGGCUCCGAAAACACGGAUGCCAUCCAUGUUGCCAUGACUCUAGAUGCUAAUUACAUCCGCGGCACAAUGGCUGCCGUGUUCUCCUUGUUGCAACACUCGACGUGCCCCGAAAACCUCUAUUUUCACUUCCUCUCCGCGCGUAUUGCACCGGAGUUCUUUUCCAGCAUAAAGUCUACGUUCCCUUACUUGAACUUCAAGACAUAUGCCUUUGAUUCGAACCGGGUUCGCUGGAAGAUAUCAAAAUCUAUAAGGCAAGCAUUGGAUCAGCCAAUUAAUUAUGCUAGAAUCUAUCUUGCUGACAUCCUUCCGACCGAUAUGAGGCGUGUUAUAUACUUGGACUCGGACCUCAUUGUGGUGGACGACAUUGCCAAGCUAUGGAGCGUGGACAUGGAAGACAAGGUGGUGGCUGCACCGGAAUAUUGCCGGGCAAAUUUCUCACAGUAUUUCACUGACGCAUUUUGGUCUGACCCGGAUUUGUCGAAGACAUUCCAAGGAAGAAACCCGUGUUAUUUCAACACAGGAGUGAUGGUGGUGGAUGUGGAUAAAUGGAGGAAAGGAGGGUAUACACAGAAGGUUGAGGAGUGGAUGGCGUUGCAAAAGCGAAAGAGGCUAUACCAUUUGGGGUCUUUGCCGCCCUUUCUGCUGGUUUUGGCCGGAAACAUCAAGGGUGUGGAUCACCGGUGGAACCAGCAUGGGUUAGGAGGUGACAACUUUGAAGGAAGGUGUAGGAACCUCCACCCUGGUCCCAUUAGUCUUCUGCACUGGAGCGGGAAGGGUAAGCCAUGGUUGAGGUUGGACGCCCGGAAGCCAUGCACCGUCGAUCAUCUCUGGGCACCGUACGAUCUCUACCAUUCGGCGAGACACUUUCUGGAAGAAUAAAAGAGAAGAAAGUGAACCGCGAAGAGACAGAGAGCAUGCAAUGAAGGAGAUAAAAUGCAGACUCAUGAACUAUGCACAUCAUAACACAGCCCAUGAAUGGCAAUUGUAUUCCGAGGAGGCAGACUUCGCGACGGGAUCUCGGGUUCUCCUGCGAAGAAGCUGGGGCCUGGAUGGUACUCUAGGCUAAAUUUUGUUGCCAAGAGUAGACCAUCCAACUUGUAAAUGGCCAUUUGAAGGCUUCUUUGUAUGGUUGGAAACCUGUAUAUUCUUGUAUUUCAACUUUCAAGGAACAAAUGUAAAGGAAUGACAGUUAAAAGCAAAAUCAAUUAAAAAGGUCGUACCCAGUGCACAAGCUCUCGCUUUACGCAGGGUCUGGGAGAGAUGAA